AUGGCCUCAGCGUCGCUGGCCUCCUACGACGACUCCAACAUCUUUGCCAAGAUCCUGCGCGGCGAGAUCCCGUCCUACAAGAUCUUCGAGACGGAGCACGCUCUCGCCAUCCUCGACGCCUUCCCGUGCUGCGCUGGGCACUCUCUCCUCAUCCCAAAGGCGUGCAGCCGCCGCUCGUGUCAGCCUCCCUGUCACAGCUCGGCCGCUGCCACACCACUCGCCGCUCCCACACCUCCGCCGCUGCCAUUCAGCGAACCGUCGCCUAACUGA